AAAAUUAGACUAACAAAUAUAAUUUAAACUAAAAAUAAAAUACCUUUAGAACUGGUUACACUUCCUUUUACUAUUGUUUCAAAAAUUUUUUUUCACAGUACUAAAAAGAUUCUCAAUGAAUUUUCAAGAAUGGCGUACAACAUGCAAAACACAUAUAUUAAAAUCAUAUAUUACAAAGAGCGGCAAUAAAGCAGAGGAUUUUAUUUUGCUAGUGGUGCUUUGAAUCUAUACUUCACAACUUCUCUUACUUCUUGGCUUCUAUAUGUCUUCACAAGCUCACGAUUUUAUUUCUUGCUUGUGAUCACAUAUUACAACAAUUGCAAAAAAAAAAAACUCUUAAUCUUAUAUAAUUAGUGGGUGCAGACAGAGUGACAUAGUGAGAAGGGUUGGUACUUGGUACCCUUUGGCCUUGUGUAUGAACUGAAGCCUAUAUGAAAGGCAAUUGGAUCAUUGUUCUCUUGUGGUGCAUGUAAAGCAUGUGUACCACUCAGUGUUUAAUAAGUGACACAAAAGUAAUAUGAGGAGUAAAUAGCAUUUCGUUGAAAGGCAUGCAAAAUGUUACUUGAAAAGGGUGCUUUGAUACCAUCGAAAACUUAGUCUACCAACUAUCAUCAAUUUAAUAUAUGAGGUUCCAUGUCAUUGUUAGACUUCUUGCUCAUAAAUGCCAAGACCGUGAAAGCUUACUCAAAUGUUCACAUUUUAUCCUUGUAUGAACUUUCAAUUCAAGAUAGGAAUAAAGAUUAGAUAUGCAUCUACAUAAAUUGCAGGCAGCUGUGAAUGAACAUCCCAAUAUGAAAUGUCAAGGCAUGAAGGCACUGAAGAAUACAGAAAAAUAUGAACUUGAUGGCCAAGUUUUGGAGUGUUCUCUUGCAAAACCACAGUCAGAUCAAAAGUCUGGAGGAUCAAAUUCACAGAAGGUAGGACUGCUUCCAAGUUAUCCACCUCGUGUUGGUUAUGGUUUGGUUGGUGGUCUCUAUGGUGCUCUUGGUGCAGGAUAUGGUGCCACAGGCUUUGCACAGGUGAGUACUGUUUAAAUGUGUCACUCUACUCAUUUGUGUAUGUUCUUUCUUAUAAAGGGAAUAUUUAUGUACAUAAUAUCAGUUCUGAGACUUGUUCAGUAACUGUCAUGAUUUAGGUGUUUUACAUGAAUAUUAAUUGUUGCUUUUGUACAUUACUUUUAGAUCAUAGCCUGAUAAAAGAUGUUGGUAGUUCUGAUUCAAAAGUUGCAGUCUGUUUUAUUGAUUUUAUUUAAAUUUGCAUCUCUUUGUGUUUGUGAGGUGGGUGGAAACUCUUAGGGUGAAC